AUGAUUCAACAUCCCGAUCAUAAUUACAUUGAUCCUAUUCACAUCCACAUAUACGAGCAACCAUCAUACUGUUUUCAUGUUGAGGAAGAGACUGAUGGAAAGCCUUGGUACAAUGACAUUCGAGGAUAUUUGAAGAGCGGUGAGUAUACAGAGGAUGCAACAAGUGUACAAAAGCGUACAAUUCAGAGGUGCGUCGAAGCUGGAGAAGCUAGCAAACUGAUUGAAGAGAUACAUGCAGGAAUAUGUGGUCCUCACAUGAACGGUUUUACAUUGGCAAAGAAGAUCCUAAGAUCGGGAUAUUUCUGGCUAACUAUGGAGACAGACUCUUGGGGAAUGGACGUCAUUGGUCCAAUCAAGCCAGCAACAUCCAAUGGACAUAGAUUCAUUCUAGUUGCAAUCGACUACUUCACCAAAUGGGUCGAAGCCACAUCUCACAAAUCAGUGACAAAGAAGGUUGUGAAUGACUUUGUCAAAAAUAAUAUUAUCUGUAGGUUCGGGAUUCCUGAGUCAAUCAUCAUUGAUAACGGAACCAACUUAAAUAGUGAUUUGAUGAGAUCAUUGUGUGAGAAGUUCAAGAUCAAUCAUCAAAAUUCUACAGCAUGUAGACCACAAAUGAACAGAGCGGUCGAGGCUGCAUAUACAAAUAUCAAGAGGAUAUUGCGCAAGAUGAUCGACAAUCACAGACACUGGCAUGAAAAGCUACCAUUUGCAUUGUUGGGAUAUCGUACUACCAUCAGAACUUCUACUAGAGCCACACCUUAUUUUCUAGUAUAUGGUAAUGAAGUUGUGAUACCUGCUGAGGUAGAGAUACCAUCUUUAAGGAUUAUUCAAGAAGCGGAGUUGAGUGAUGCUAAAUGGAUACAAGGGUGGUUGGAGAAUCUGACAUUAAUAGACGGAAAGGAUUAA